CUACGUCAGAGAAAAAUGCCCCCACCACCGACGCCACAGAAUGAAUUAUCCCUUGUGCCAAACAUAAGCAAAACGACUCUCGACAGCGGCGUCACUGGACCUGGAACCGAGACAAGUGGGAUACUAAGAGAAAACGGCAAAGAAGAAGCAAAACCGCAACUCUUGCCCUCCCCAAAGAACGACGCCAGCCCCAACAUUGCAUGGUCGCUUCCCACUCCGCCGCUCAAGCAGAGGAUGGCAUCCGGGUUUAAAUCGCUCUUUGAGAGCGCUAAAAAGCUGGCCACGGGUGACAAUGGAGAUGCAAACUCUGGACCAGCGGCCCCGCAUAGCUUGUUUCCCAAGACUGCCCCGGCCGUUGACGGGGAGGACUGCGACCACGAUUGCGACAGCUGCACCGUCAAAUAUCCCAAGAGUUUUAGCAUUGACACCGAAGAUGUGCUGUACGGCCACGUGAAAGGCUGGAGUACGCAUCUGUUGGUCGCCACGGGAAAGACGGACUGGGUACGGGACGUGGCGGAUGAGAAGGGUAGUGUGAUGCAGGCUGUGGAAGCGUCUGACAAGCCUGACAACGGACGUUUAAUGCUUUCGGCGAGCAACAUUCCCACGCCACAUCAAACCAAUGACUAUUCAGAGCCCACUACAGUGCUCCUCCUCCCGGCAUUUAGGGUAGUUGAAAAUGUGACACCGGCAACAGUACCAACUCUCCUUUCAGAGUUUGUAGCCAAGUCCCCAACAAACGAAACUCCACUAGCAGACCAGCCACCAAUCAACCUCCCUGGAUCUGUGGACGUGGUCAACCCGGAUCCGUCGCUCCCACCCCCGCUGCGCACACUCACUAGCCGACCCUGCCCCCAUUCUGUCCUUGUUCUCCUUUGCUCGCAGCGCACCCGAGACGCCCGCUGUGGGCAGUCAGCCCCGCUGCUGCGAAAGGAGCUUGAAAGGCACCUGCGCCCACUGGGCCUUUACCGCGACCUGGACGACGAGAGGCCGUCCGGGGUGGGCAUCUACUUUAUCAGUCAUGUAGGCGGUCACAAAUACAGCGCCAACAUGAUGAUCUACCGCCGGCCGGAUCCGUGGGGACUGGACGGCGUGGAGAGGAAGACGGUCGGCGACGAGGGCAUCCAGAAGCUAUUGGAGAGCGGCAAGUCCAAGGCUGCUUCUGCGGUGGCGAAUGGCGAGGGCGCUGAUGUUGGCGCGGGUCAGUGUAUCUGGCUCGCGAGGAUUUCGCCGCAGCAUUGUGAGAAUAUCGUCAAGUACACGAUCCUUCAAGGAAAGGUGGUCAAGCCGGAGACGCAACUGCGGGGAGGUUUUGAUAGACAAAAGGGCCUCAUGAGUUGGUAGAUUUUGCAGCAUAGCUCGAGCGGAUUGCAUCCAUGAACACAUAGAGCACAUUACAGAAUAGAGAAUACACACAGCAAUUCGGAACUCAUUGAGGAGAAGGAUUGUAUUCAGGCAGUUUGAC